UCAUCAUCAUCAUCAUCAUCAUCAUCAACAACAACAACAACAACGCCAUAAUUCGACUAACACUUGGAAUAACAAUCACGAUGAGUGCACGCUGGUGCGCGUUGCCUGCUCAACAGCGUCCGAUCGCCGAACACGGCAGCAGAAGAGUGCCGCGAGUGCGUCCGCGGGUCUGACGGCAUCCCUGCGACGGCAGCUCAAUCCAGCGCUCGUGCUCGUGCUCGUGCUCCUCCUCCUCCUCGUUCAAGCCGCGCGAGCACAGCAGCAGCAGCCACGACUGCUGGGCCCGAGCAAUCUGCAGCAAAUUCUCGAGCAGAAAGUUCAAGAAGUCACCCAAACGGGCAAGUUAUCCGAACCAAGUGCUGCUAGUAGCUGGACGCCUCUACAUAUUGCAUCCUAUCUCGGCAACGCCGAUUUGACCCUGUUCUUUCUGAAUCAUGGAGCGCGCACAGAUGCCUUGCACAUCACAGCACGGCACGCUCGUUCGGCACUCCACUAUGCAGUUUUGGCGUGGGAUGAACGCAAUCGAUUGCAGCACGGCGUUUUGGUCAAUCCGGCCACAAAUUGGACGGCAGUCAUUCAACAUCUCGUCAACCAUGGCGCCUCACUCUCGGUGGUUGACGAACACGGACUGACGCCGCUCCACCACGCUGCCCAAGCCCAUUUUUGGGAAGCCAUCCCGUUGCUGGCCAGCGAGAUCAGCUGCCCCAUGACGUCCUAUGGCUUGCGCGUCAAUCCACCACCAAAGCACACCACUGCUCUGGCCUCGAUCAACCCAAACAAGCCUGGCUGGACUGCACUGCACUUUGCCAUCUACUCCAAACGAUGGUUGAUGAGCGUUUGCACAUGGAUUCUCAAGAGCGCAACCGACCACCCUGCCAGUCAACAAGACGGUUCCCUUCCCGCGGUUUUGCACGACAGUCUUGCUGCACUCCGGCUGACUGUCACCGCGGCGGCGUUGGAUUCCUCGAAAGUAAGCUGCGUCCCUGCAGUCUUUCGGGCUGCCAUCUUUCGGUGGAAUUCGGCGUUCGUGAGCCAUCUGGCCUCGCACUGCCCUGCUUCCACGCUACCACGAGAUUCGCAAGACUCGGAUGGGUGGGCUCCGUUGCACUUGUCUGCUGAUGUUGGCGAUGAGCAAGGCACCUCGCUUCUCGCAUCACUGCUCCGAGCGCAGAUGGAAGAGGCCAAUCGCGAAGCGAGCGCUCGACGCUACCACCACCACCCCCACCAGGUCGCAGUUUCAGAGCAACAAGACUCGACUCUUGGACCUGCUUCGGAACAAAACCGGGAGUUUGUCACGCGAUUGCUACGGUCGGGUUUUACGCCGAUGCAUUUGGCGAUGGCCCGCGGGUUUCCCCAAAUUGUCAAUGUGAUUGAAAGGGUUCUCCAGGGCGGCACAGAGUCGGAGAUGACAUCCCUUCGAUCGCUCGCAACCAUCAAGGAUUCGUUCGGGCGGCCAUGGGAUUUGAUUGACGUUCGUCGCACACCCUGGUGGUGGUUGCUGUAUCCGGCAAAGCCGGCGCCCGUCCCGCCACCCAUUGUCACGCCAAGACCGCUCCCUGCCCCGCCGCCCUUGGUAUUCCACGGGCUUGCCUGGAUCACCGCAAAGGAAAAGACCCAGCCACUGCUUGCGGAAGCUUCAGGACCGGUAGAUCUGGUCGUUGAGGAUGCCUCGCGCCUGUGCGAUUUCGAUGUCCGAGACGCCGCACAAUUGACGCGCCGACAGUUUGAGCGAAACUACCUUCACCUCCGUCGGCCCUUGUUGAUCAAAGGUGGCGUGGCCAACUGGCCAGCAAUUGCCAAAUGGACCAACGAGCACUUGCUCCACGAGUUUGGAGACCGGAAGUUUGUGGCCUCCACCAUUCCCUAUGCAGCGCAGUACAAUUUGCAAGACACACGCAUCACACUGCGCGACUUUCUGAACGGCAGUCAUGCCACUGGCUCUGAGCAAGGCACCAUGGCCCAUUGCUGCAUUUCCUGUGAAUGGAUGCCUGCAGACUGGUCUGAGCGACUCACCCGCCUCGGAAUCUGCGACAAGUGUGCGGAUGCAUUGAACCAUUCGCACAGCGCGCUGCCCGUUGCCCCAGCACCGCCGCUUUACAUUUUUGACAACACGUUUAUCAACGCGCCGCCCGGUGUUGCAGGCUCACUGGCUGGUUCCCGGCGACAAGCGUUCUUGAACAACGAUGUUGUCGCACCAACCUGGAUGGAGGAUCAUUCCAUGCACGCCGCCCAGUUCAUGUUUGGACCUUGCCUUUCUGGCGCGCCAGUCCACUUUCAUACUGACGCUUGGAACGGCCUCAUUCGAGGACGCAAGCGUUGGUUUGUGUUUGCACCGGGCGCAUCCUUCAUUUCCAAAGAGCCAGUUCUUGAGUGGUUCCGACGAGAGGAGGAGCGGCAACGCAUGAUUCAAAAACACGGCGAGCAUGCGCCAGCCACUUUCCUCGAAUGCAUCCAGGAGGCUGGCGAUUUGAUGUACAUCCCAGACAGCUAUGGUCACGGUGUGAUCAAUAUGCAAGAAUCUCUGGCAAUAGCGGUCGAGUUUGUCAACCGCGCAUAGCCUUGAUUUUUUUUUUUUGUUCAUCUUCUCCUUCUGGCUGUCACUCACUCGCUCGCUCUCAUGCCCAUAUUUCACACAGUCAAACCCAAUUCAUUUCUACCUGUACUUUUACUUUGUUCGGGCUCGGACAUUGUACACUAAUGCAAUAAAGCAUGCUGUCCGCAUUGGAUGCGAUUAAG